GUAGUUUAGCCGCAUAAAAAAAACUAGGCCUUUCCAGCCCCUAGCUGUGGAACGCAUGCGCAUUGUUUUCGCACGUAGAGGGUAAAACCUACAUGCGACAUGCAGGAGAAAAAGAUUUCAGUCCGCUCUAAUGAUCCUGGUCAUCGCCGGAUCUUGGAUUCCGCCACCCGCCAGCGGCGCCUGAAUCGUCAGCUUGAAGCAUUGGAAAAAGAUAAUUUUCAAGAUGAUCCACAUUCUAAUCUCCCACAGCUCAAACGUUUACCUCAGUUUGAUGAUGAUGUUGAAACUGGAAAGAAAAAAAAGAAAACUCGAGGAGAUCAUUUCAAGCUGCGGUUUCGUAAAAAUUUUCAAUCUUUGCUGGAAGAACAGAAUUUAAGUACCAGUGAAGGGCCCAACUACCUUACAGCAUGCGCCCUUCCAUCUAAUCUGCCUCAACGUCACUUUUGCUCUGUGUGUGGUUUGCCAUCCAACUAUUCAUGCGUAUCCUGUGGCGCAAGAUACUGUAGCGUGAAAUGCUUGGGAACGCAUCAAGAAACCAGGUGCCUGAAAUGGACAGUGUAAAAUCCCAGCUACUGUGAAGGAACUACGUGCGUUACAAUCUUCUUUAUAUUAGUGUCUUAUGUACAUAUAUGUAUAUUGGCUUAUUGAUUAUACUUGGCCUGGUUGCUUAAA